GGCGCCAUGAAUGUAACCGCUGCGUAUUAUUGAAUUUAAAACUCUGUCUAUGUUCAUGAUGUCUAUGAAGAUUGAAGAUGUUUGUGGCAAAUAAUAUCAUAUGAUGUACGGUGUCGUCAUACCUCCUCACCUACUUGAAGCUGAACAGAGUGAAAGGCAAGGGCUGUCCACCCAAUCCAGCAGGCUGAAGAGAAAAGAGGAACAUGGCGGAUGUCUUUACCCCUGAAUUUAAAAGACUGAAAGCCAAGCAUCCUCCACCUGACCACGCCAAUGUUUUAGACUUGACUAAACAGCUGGGACAGGAGGAACUUGUGGAAAAGUAUGGGGGAGCAGUCAUUGAAGCAGACAUUCAAGCACCUCAUGAAGUGCUGCCUCUAGUAGGACUAAAGCCAUGUGAAAGUUGGAAGGCCUAUAAAUUCAGAGAUUUUUCUGGUUUCAUCUUAAUCUUAAACCCAUUUAUCGAUGGGUUUCAAAGGUACUGGGUUGCCAGGUGUCUCAGGGAUUUGCCCCGCAAUCCAGAAAAUGUCACUAACUUGUCUGCCCUUGGUGGACAGAGAGGGGAGGAUCUAUGGUCUGAAUUUGCACAGAAAAGCUGCUCUACAUUAACAAAGCAAGAUCCCCUGAGGAAACUCAGAUGGACAACACUGGGGUAUCACUACAACUGGACCACCAAAGAGUACUCAGAGGCCAACAAAGCGGAGUUUCCCCCAGAUGUUGCAUGUUUGAGCCAGUACCUGGCACGGUGCAUGGGAUUUGGUCAGUACCGUCCAGAGGCUGCGAUAGUCAACUACUAUCACCUGGACUCCACCCUGGCUGGUCACACUGACCAUUCGGAGCUUGACCAAGCGGCACCAUUGUUUUCCAUCAGUUUUGGACAGUCAGCAAUAUUUAUGUUGGGUGGAGCUGAGAAGUCGACACCGCCAAUGUCUUUGAUGCUCCACAGUGGAGACAUCUGCAUCAUGAGCGGCUCCUCAAGACUUUCCUACCACGCCGUGCCAAAGAUUCUAGCUCCCCCUGCUGAGCAGCCUGUUCCCAAAUGUUUCUCUCUUCACCCUGAGGAAGAAAGUUUAGCCCCUCAAAGUUCAGAAACAUGUGGAAGUCGCAACGCGGUGACGAAAGAUGCACAAGAAUUAGACAGUGAAUCUGAUGCAGCCUCAGGUUUUUCAACGACAGAGCAGCAGAUUGGCAACUCUUGCAGCAAUGACACAUGUCUACGUGACUCUGUUGUGAAAGAUGUCAAUGAAAGUAUCAAACACGUGAUGUCUUCAUUGGAGUUUAAACCCUUUGAAGUUUAUAUUACCUCAUCCAGAAUCAACCUAAACAUUCGUCAGGUUCUGCCCCCUGGUUUCGACCAACUCCCCAAAAGAUUAGCUGGUAGAGCUGAUGGAAAAAUGUGCAGUGGUGACAAUUGUGAAGGGGCUGAGAACCAAAAUACGUUUGUGACUAAUCAUGCUACAUCAUGUGUUGGUGAAGAACCUUAUGGUGCUAUGUCAGAUCAGUGUUCUAAGAACGAAGCUGCUCAUAAGGAAAAUGUGUGUGCUGAUGACACUCUGUGUGAUGGACAGGUUUCCAAAAAGUUGAAAGCUGACCCUUCUUGACACAGGUCAUUAAUAAAGAAUGUGUUGCAACUUGUUUUAUAUAUAUAAC